CAAAAUUAAGCUACUGAAUAAUAAUAGCGCAGGAAGGAACGCUUAAAAAACCCCGCACCGAUUUUCCUCUUUCCACCCAACUGUUGAUCAAUCCUUGCCGUGGUGACAGCUAACUGGAAGUAGUGUAGUCUAUUACUCUGUCUAGGUGAGGUCAUUUUAUUUCUGUGUAUUUGGACGUCCAAAGAGACACGUCGGCGGCGCUGUUGAGCUAUGCGUAAUGAGGCAGGCACCCAAAGAUGGGAACAGCGGAGCAGUAGCCUACUAGUCUGUUGUCUUCUAUCUCUCAGGUGUCAGAUCAAGUGAGUUGCUAAGACGCAAACUUUUUGAAACUUGGACAACCUCAUCGAAGUCAAUAUUUAGAGUUGUUGUAUAUAAACUACACAUCUAUCGAACCCAUGACGGAGUGUUGUCAUCCCGUGCCAAUGGACUUCACUGCAGCAGAAAAGCUGGAGAUUGAGCACCUCAGGAUGCACAAGCAAGACAUUCUAGAUGACAUACAGAAGCUGAAGAUGGCCAUCGACAACGUGAUGGCGGAAAUUCAGGACUUUGAGUCUACGGAGGAGAGCAAACUGAUCGAGAGAGGGAAGCAGUUAUCACGAGGAAAGAAGAAAUUCAACAUGGAUCCAAAAAAGGGUGUUCGCUACCUCGUGGAGAAUAAACUUCUGGAGCUGACGCCUCAAGGUGUGGCGGAGUUUCUGUACAAGGAAGACGGGCUCAAUAAAACGGCCAUCGGAGACUACCUGGGGGAACGGGAAGAUCUACACUUGCAGAUCCUGAAGGCCUUCGUUGAACUCCAUGAGUUUUCAGACCUCAACCUUGUGCAGGCCCUGAGGCAGUUCCUUUGGAGUUUCCGCCUUCCUGGUGAAGCUCAGAAGAUAGACCGCAUGAUGGAGGCCUUCGCCACGCGCUACUGUGACUGCAACCCAGGAGUCUUCCAGUCCACUGACACAUGCUACAUAUUGUCGUUUGCCAUCAUCAUGCUCAACACCAGUCUGCAUAACCCUAAUGUGAAGGACAAGACCACGCUGGAGCGCUUCAUCUCCAUGAACCGCGGCAUCAACAACGGAGAGGAUCUGCCCAAUGAGCUGCUCACGAAACUGUAUGAGAGCAUACGGAACGAGCCCUUCAAGAUCCCAGAGGAUGAUGGGAAUGACCUCACACACACCUUCUUCAACCCCGACAGAGAGGGCUGGCUUCUGAAACUAGGGGGCAGAGUGAAGACUUGGAAGAGGAGAUGGUUCAUCCUGACUGACAACUGCCUCUAUUAUUUUGAGUAUACCACAGACAAAGAACCCAGGGGCAUCAUUCCUCUAGAGAACCUUUGUGUGAGAGAAGUGUCCAGUCCACGCAAGCCAUACUGCUUGGAGCUGUACAACCCCAACAGCAAGGGCCAGAAGAUCAAGGCGUGUAAGCAGGAGCAGGAUGGCCGGGUGGUGGAGGGCAAGCACCAGUCCUACAUGAUCUCAGCAGCCAGCGCGGAGGAGCGCGACGACUGGAUAGAGUCCAUCAGGGCCAGCAUCACCAAAGACCCAUUCUAUGACCUGGUCUCCGUACGCAAGAGGAAAGUCAUCAACCAGGCCCCCCAUGACUGACAGGUCUAUGGAAGCAAUGGAUUAUGGGAAAUGUAGUAGUCAUAUCAGAAUGGAUCAGAAAGACUCAGUCUAUUUUAUUUUUGGGGUCUUGACUUACAGUUGAUCAGACUUUAUCAAGGAAAUGGGAAAGAAUGUUAAAAGAAGAAAAAACAACAAACACAAAUGGAGAUUUGUCAUUGGAAGACUCACAACCAUGUUUUUGUUUUAUUUUUGGUGCCAUGAAAUGUGACUCAGGGGCUGUUUCAAUGACCUGUUACCCAGCAACGAAACACAGACGUUUUUUACGGCACCGUUAAACAGGAAGGAACCUUUGUUAUCUGUGCUGACCAAUGAGGAAGCUCCGUGGGGGGGAGGGGGAGGCUACUUAUAUUUCCAUGACAGAUACUGUUGUCAACUUUGCCGUGGUAACGGAGGACUCACUUUCCAAAUGGACCAGAUGUUAUCUGUGAGGCAAGACGUUUGAAACGGACGUGAUGCAGUCUGCCACGCACCAAAUGUAUUCUAUCACAACAAUCUAAUUUUGAUAGAUGUAAUUAAAUGUAGCAACUGUAACCUAUCAAAACAACCAGGUGUAAACUGAACUGUACAGUACGUUAUCUGUCAGAAGAGUUGAAUAUUACAAUAUAUUUGUACUUCUUCUAGGGACGGGCAUUGGAAAUUAGCCUAUGGCUACAAAUGCUAUGAUACUUAUCUGUUAGGUUGUUGUACAGCCUACAUGAUGUGUAUUUGUCCCUACUCAAAUAAACCAUAACAGAACAGAACAGAACUUUCAUACAAAGGGACUUACAGUUACUUAGGUUCAAGGUGUUGGUAACGUAUACUUGGUAUGGUACUUGGGAUUCAAACCUCCAACCUUCUUGCAGUUAUUUUAGGCACAUGGUAUAGGCUACAGAACCUGGAGCAAUACAGGAUAAAUGUGGAGAGAUAUUACACUGUAUCAGGGCUUGACAUUGGCACCUGCCAAUUGGCCAAAUGCUGGUAGAACUUGUCCGUGGCUGGUAACAAUUUCAGUCUCACUAGCCACUUUGACAGGUAGGCUAACUAAAUGUUUGAUGUGACAAAUCACAGUGGUUGCAUCAAUUGUUUCUACUUCAAUGCUCAGGAAAACCACUAGCCACAGUGGCCAAUGAGCAAAAAAGUGGACGUCAAGCCCUGCACUGUAUAGAAGAUUUGUGAAGAAGACACUAUAUUUGAAACAGUGUAGUUAGGGUUGGUUUUUUUCUUUGUUUGUUUUCUUUUUUGGUAGGGAACUGAAAUCUUGAGGAAUUCAACAUGACAUAAUUUCAUCAUUGCAUCAUUGUGUGUUUUUUGUUGGCAUGGUUACAAGAUUGUUUAGAAAGUGCCAUUGCUGACGACAUGCAGGACCGAAAUUCCUCAUAUCAGGCAUGGCGGCUGAAAGGAAGGACUGUAGACUACAUUUAGUAUUUUAAUAGCAAGCAGCCAUUUUAACUUUUGGCAUAGAAUCAUUUCUUGGCAUAGAAUUAAGGCGUAGUCUGAACUCCUUUUUUUUUAUUUCUGCGCAGAGCCAGUCAUGGAUGCAGUAACCGUCUCUAUGGUGUUCAAGUUGGUUAGAUUUUACUGUAUACUGAACGUGUUGAUGAUAGUGAUUUU